AUCGUUGUUGUGCGAUAACUUUGCAUAUAUGUACUCAAUACUCUCAUAUAAAAAGUACUCAAUUGACGACUUUGUUUGCGUUCUGCGAAUAUAAAGAAAUUUGUUUAAUAACUUCGUUUUAGCAGCGGGUGCACAAUCCAAAUUCGACUUAAAAUUAAGAAACUAGAAUGCCUGCCAUAGAAGAGGCGCAAAUUAACAAAUAUUUAUCAAAGUAUAAAAAUAUUGCGCAAACACGGAAAGAUGUUGUCGAUGUCGUUACCACGUAUCGCAGUCUGACAUACAAUCUGCAAAAAUUCGUGUUUAACGAUGGCAGCUCAAAAGAUUUGUUUACAUUGCUUGGCACAAUUCCAGUGGUGUAUAAGAAUAGCACCUACUACAUUCCCAUAUGCAUAUGGCUAAUGGACACCCAUCCCCAGAAUGCGCCAAUGUGCUUUGUGAAACCGACGCCAACAAUGCAGAUUAAAGUUUCCAUGUAUGUGGACCAUAAUGGCAAGGUGUAUUUGCCCUAUUUGCAUGACUGGCAGCCGCAUAGCUCGGAUCUGCUAUCGCUUAUACAGGUUAUGAUUGUGACAUUCGGUGAUCAUCCGCCCGUUUACUCCAAGCCCAAGGAUCAACAAGUUGCUGCGCCACAACCCUCAAACUAUCCAUAUCUACCUUAUCCAAGUGCGACUGGUGCUAGCGGUGGUAACUUUCCGCCCUAUCCCACUGGCGGCACUUUCAUGCCAUAUCCAUCGACCAGUGCUGGACCGACUGGUAGUUCAGGCGGAUAUCCGCCGUACAUGAAUUACCCACAACCAGGCGUCUAUCCGGGCAGUGCUGGAUAUAACCCUGGUGCCCAAGCUAAUCCCAGCUCAACAGGCACAAUUACCGAGGAGCACAUCAAAGCAUCACUUAUUAGCGCUGUGGAGGACAAGUUGAGACGUCGCAUACAGGAGAAGGUAAAUCAGUAUCAGGCUGAAAUCGAAACGCUGAAUCGCACCAAGCAAGAGCUAAUGGAGGGCAGUGCCAAGAUCGAUGCAAUCGUCAGUCGCCUGGAACGCGAUGAGGUUGAUCUGCAGAAAAAUAUUAACAUACUGAAGGACAAGGAACAGGAAUUGAAGACAAGUCUGGAGACUCUUGAGAGUGCAGAGUCCAUUGAUCCGGACGAGGCCGUUACAACUACAGCACCUUUAUAUAGGCAAUUACUGAAUGCCUACGCUGAUGAAGCUUCCACAGAGGAUGCCAUCUAUUAUUUGGGCGAGGGUUUGCGUGGUGGUGUCAUUGAUCUGGAGGCGUUCUUGAAGCACGUGCGCACCCUCUCACGCAAGCAGUUCAUAUUGCGCGCCACAAUGCAAAAGUGUAGACAGAAGGCAGGACUGGCUGGCUAGUAGGAUAUGCUUUAUCCUCUCCUUUUUCAGUUAUUUGUUUACCCAUGAACAUUUGCAGUUUUUUCAAGUGCAAACUAAUAUUCAAACAACACUCAAAUUGAUAUAUGUUAAUAUAUAAUAUAUGUAUUCGGUACUGCUUUAAA